UCUAAAAUCAAUAAACAUAUGCUCAGAUAAGGAUUUUUCAAAAGAGCACAGUGUGGAGCGCCGACCUGCUCCACUGAGGACAUCUAGGUACUGGUUCCCAGGGCCAGAGUGACUCAGCCAGGAUUACAGUCUAGGGCCUCGGAGGAGGGUGGGGGCGAGGCCCCCCAUUGUGAGGUCCAAGUAGAAUGCUCAACUCAGGCUGACCCCAGCCCUGGCUGAUCUUCAACGCUGUCCUCGCCCCCACCCUCCUACCAGGAGUGUGCCCUCUGGCUUAUGCCUGGACUUCACCAUGCUCUUCUUUUUGAGAGCAGAUGCCCGCAGACCCAGCAGAGGUCAUGAAGACACAACCUCACUUGACUCCCAAGGUCCGGCCCACAAAGUUCUCUGUGUAGGUAGCUCUUUUAAAAGGGAUCACAAUCAAGACUCAGAUUUGAGUUCUUGGAAUCUGACAAGAAAUGUGGUCGGAUACUCGAAGGUCUACAGUCAGGAAAAAUCAAGGAACCAGAGAAUGACAGAGCUAUGGGUGCAAAGUGGAUAUUGCCAGAGGAUUUGGAAGAGGGGAACUCGAGUCAACAGAAAAGGGAACUCCAGGUUAUAGGGAGCCAGGUGCUCGGAUAAGGAGCUCCUGGGCUGGCAGUCAAAGACUCUGAGCACCCUGGUGUCAGAAGAAAGCAUGGCUCAGUGUCCAAGUGUCCAGAAUAGAAUCUGGAGAAGGGUGACAGGCUACACCUGGGUGUGCCCAAGAUCAGAAGGAAAGGCAGCCUGUCCAGAAAGGAGGGCGAUGAGUUUUCAUUCAUCCGAUAUUCACUGAUUACCUACCUACAGUGCACCGGGCCCUUUGCUGAAUUCUGGGGAGUCCCACAAUCCCUGCCAUCAAUGUACAGAGAGUAAAACAGCCUUAAAGAGCUAACCAGACAGAGCCAGGUAAGUGCUAUGACAGAAAACGCAUCUGUGGGGGAAGCCGAGGUCAGGGAUUAGCUGGCCAUGGGUGGAAGGAAGCCUCACAGAGGGGGCAACUUCACUCUGUGGACAGAGUGUCAGUAAAUUCCAAGCCAAGGUAGGGCCUGCGCACAGGACUGCAGGCACAGAAAGCAGAGCCUAUUAGAGCAGAGAGGGCAAGGAGGAGGGCACAGCCUCUGACCUCACAAUACCCCCUGGGCCAGCCUUGCCACUUGCAAACUCUGGCGCCCUCCUCCAGCCCGGGCAAGGCCCGGGGCCUUGGGCAGCCUCCAGGUGCAGUGCCCUCCAGUGGGCAGCACCCUGGGGCAUGUCUCUGCUCACCAAUUAUGAGGGGCUUCGGCAUCAGAUCGAGAGGCUGGUGAGGGAAAAUGAGGAACUGAAGAAGCUGGUGAGGCUCAUUCGGGAGAAUCACGAGCUCAAGUCAGCAAUCAAGACACAGGCGGCUGGCCUGGGCAUCAGCGGGUUCACCAGCGGGCAUGGUGAGACGACAGCUGGCCCUUCUCAACGCCAGGGUAACUAUAAGAGGCCCGAAUUCAAGGAGGGUGUCUUCCUGACCCCACCCCUGGCUGCAGCAAAUGAACCUGUCCUGGAAGAAGUGGGGGUUAUGGCUCUGGCAUCCCUGGCGGACAUGCUAAACGGCCCACAGCCCAACCCCUCCACAGGCCCCAUCGUGAGCCCCAUGACAGGCCCUUUCAACACGCUGCUGGCCUCCCCAGGGCCCAUAACACAGAACAGUGCACUUGCCAGCCUCCUGGCUGCCCCCAUGAACAGCCACCUAGCCAGCCCCAUGGCAAUGCCCGCAGCGGGCACACUAGUCAGCUCUCUGGGCCUGCCCUCAACUGGACCCCUGACUCCAAGCACAUUGUCCACGGGCACGUUGGCCAGCUCCAUGGGCCUUCCUUCCACCGGCCCCCUGACUCCAAGCAACCCCUUGGCAGGCCCCCCAGCCCCAUCUCUGAGCAGCCCCCUGCUCACCUCCACAGCUGCCCCUCCAGGUGUUUCUCAGAACCUUCUGGCCAACUCCACGGGUAACGUGGUGCUAUCUGAGGCCCCAAGGGUGCGGCUGUCAGAGCCACUCUACGAACACCCCUCCGGACCCCGUCCUUCCACUGGUGUGGGGCCUGCUGCCACCUCCAAAGUCCCACUCUCCACCGAGCAUCCCCUGCUGACCCGGGACCCCGAGCCCCUCAGUGUGACGUUCGUGGGUGAGCCCAUCCAGACCUCCACCCCUGUCGGCACCGUGGGCAAGCCCGGCUCCACGACAGCCUUCUCCUACAGCACCGUAGGUGCCCGAACCCAGCUGAGCACUUCCCAGGGACAAGCGGCUCCUGUCCCUGUCCCCACUGCCCCAACUGCUUCCCCUGCCGUCUCAGUCCUCUCUUCUGCCCCUGCUCCUGUCCCCCAAGCUGCCACCAACUGCAGCCCCGAAAGGACCACCCACUCCCCCAACCGGCCCUCCCCCACCCCCCACUCCCCUCCACGCAACCCCCACUCCCCACCCCGAACCUCAUCCUUCCCGGCUUCUGUCAACAACACCCGGGGCCCACGUGUCCCCGAAGCAUCUCGGAAAAGCGCCCUGGACUUGGAGCGGAAGCUGGCCCACCGCAAGACCACCAAGUACCCUGAAAGCUCCCGAGAGCCAAAGCAGCUGGCCUGGGAGAGGUUGGUGGGGGAGAUCGCCUUCCAGCUGGACCGAAGGAUCCUCUCCAGCAUCUUUCCCGAGCGGGUGCGCCUCUACGGCUUCACUGUCUCAAACAUUCCCGAGAAGAUCAUCCAGGCCUCUCUGAACCCCAGUAACCACAAGCUGGAUGAGGAGCUGUGCCAGACGCUCACACAGCGCUACGUGAGCAUCAUGAACCGGCUGCAUAGCCUGGGCUACAACGGGCGGGUGCACCCGGCGCUGACGGAGCAGCUGGUGAAUGACUUCGGCAUCCUGCGCGAGCGGCCUGAGCUGGCUGUGUCUGAGGGCGGCUCCUUCACCGUCGACUUCCUGCAGCGCGUGCUGGUGGAGACCGUGCACCCCAGCAUGCUUAGCGACGCUCUGCUGCUGCUCUCCUGCCUCAACCAGUUGGCGCACGACGAUGGCAAGCCCAUGUUCAUCUGGUGACUUACGCCUGCCCUGCCAGCCUCGCCUCGCUCUGCCCCACUCCCCGGAGCAUUAAAGCUUCCCACAUAUGCUGGCCGCUGG